GACCACUCCGGCUCAGGGGGUCGGCCUGCCCGGCGCACGGGGGGUGCCACCUCCCUGCGAUCGGCACGGUCGAGCCGGGGGGGGGGCCGGAGAGCCCGCGGGACCAGCCCAGCCUGAGCAGGGGGUCUGCCGCCCGUGCCGCCACGGACGCCGCCCACUUGCGGCAGGCGCCGCCUGCCCGACAGCGCACAGCGCUGGUCCUGCACAGCAGCCGCUGCUGGGCACCGUGCCCACUCGGGCGCUCCAAGUGCGAGCGGGCCCCGCGCAUCCGGCCGGCCGGGAUGAAGUUCGGGGAGUUCCUGGAGAGCUGCCGGGUCGGCUCCCUGGCCGGCGGCUACUUGCACUACGAGGAGCUGGCGCGGAUGGCCGAGGCUGGGGAGGACGGCACCAGGGGCGCGCGGAGUUCUCCGACGCGCUGGUGGAGGAGCUCGCGCGGGUGAGCGCCUUCGCGGCCGAGCAGCUCGGGAAGAUCCAGGACGACCUGGCGGAGACCGACGCGCUGGUGCGGCUCUGCCGCCGGGACGAGGCCGUGCGCUCGCCGCGGGCGAGCGACUACGGCUCGCCUGGCGAGGGGCAUGCGGUGCUCGCCCGCGAGAGCAAGAUGCAGAUGAUGAGCGUAUCGAAGACCAGCAGCUGCACAAUACCUACCAACGCGUCUUCGAGUUCAAGCAGAUGUGCGAGCUCAAUCUGCAGGGCUUUCAGAAGCUGAUCAAGAAGCGGAAGAAGGCGCUCAAGCGGGAGAAGCGGAGCGGCAGGUCGAGAGGGUCCACCGCCUCGUCGCUCGUGGACCCGCUGCUGCCGGAGGCGAGGUACCUGUCGCCGCUGCUGGCGAGGGACAUCCCGCCGGUCCCGGAGGACAGCACGGGCGGGCCCACCGGCGCGCAGCCCAACCUCGGGCACGCCAGUGAGGCCUAUCGCCUUCAGGUCUCGAGCGACGAGGAGGGCCAGGCGGCCUGGGGCGUGCCCCAGGGCGCCGGCCUCGUGGACAUCAGCUACGUGCGGCAGCAGCCGUUCUGGGCCGUGCACUGCAGCGAGGCGCAGGGCCUGGCGCGGAGGAUCGAGGAGGCGUUCGCCACGCACGUGACCGGCGGGGAGGUGGGCAGGGCUCAGAUGAAGCUGCGCGUGUUUCAGCGGGAGGCCAUGUCUCAGGCAGCGCUGAUGGAGGUCGGCGUCUGCUCUGGCGUCGCCGCCACGCUGACGUUCACGAUCGGUAUCCUGUUGGGCUACCCUUCAGAGAACCAGUGCCCAGCUUGCGUCGACGUCCUGCACGGUAUGGUUCCGGUUUUUAGGCUCACGUUUGUGCCCAUACUUUGGCUUAUUUGCUGGAGUUGCCUGUGCUAUUUGUGGCGGCUGCACGACAUCAACUACCUGUACAUCUUGGAGAUCGACGCUCAUACUGAGCUCGGUGUGUGGCGUGCUCUGAAGCUGGGUACGAAGCUACUCGCUUUUUGGCUGCUGGCUGUGUUCUUGUUCCUCUAUGGCACACAGACAGGCGUGCCCCCUCUACUCGGAAUAGACUCGCGCUACUACCCCCUGGGCUUUACGAUCCUGUGCGUUGUCAUGGCUGUGUCACCGCGUGGCAUGUUUUAUUUCAAAACGCGGAAAUGGUUGGCCGUGAGCUUAUUGCGCGUUGUACAAGCGCCGACGAGAGAGGUGAAGCUGCGAGAAAACCUAGUCGCGGAUGUUCUCACCUCCAUGGUGAAAGAGGCAGUUGACAUGUAUUACACUUGGAUGUUGUUUUCUACUGGCGAUUUCCAGCACGAUAAACUUCGGCACUUCCCUGACCAGUUUAGCAGAAUCGGACCGAUGUUGAUCAUAAUCGCGCCUUAUUGGUGUCGCUUGUUCCAGUGUUUGCGGAGAUACUGGGAUUCGUGCGUGGCUAGCAGGGUCAGCGGCAGUCCUGGCGGCUGCUGGCCCAGCAUCGGCUUGCUCGGCAUGGGAGACUGCUUGCACCUUAUCAAUGCCGGGAAGUAUUUUUCGUCUAUCUGUGCGAUCUCGCUAUCUGCACUUGGAGGCUUCCGACACAUAGUGGGCCCUUAUGUGAUAUGGUCGUCCUUCAGAAAGAUAUGGCUAGCCCUUCUCGUGAUCAGUGCUGUCUACGCCUACGCGUGGGACAUUAUCCAGGACAUGGGGCUGGUGAAGCUGAGGCGCUCUCAGAAGACAGGGCGCCUGCAGCUCUGCAGGCGAAAGACGGGCGCGUUCAGCAGCAGGGGGCUGCUCCUGUGGCUCGCGCUGUCCAACUUUGUCGGGAGGAUGGCGUGGGCCGUGACCAUUGUGCCCCGGGGGCGCUUCAGCAUGGAGGCGGUCGGCAUACCCGGCUGCUUCAUGGACUCCCUCGUCACGCUCGCCGAGGUCCUCCGCAGAGCGCAGUGGACCCUGCUCCGCGUGGAGCACGAGCACGCGGAGAACCCCAACAACUACCGGUCGAUCGUGGAGGUGCCGAGCGCCAUCCUGCAGCGGGAGGACGGCGAGGAGGAGACGCACACUGGCGGCGAGGCGUCCGCGGCGAUAUCCAUCGUCGUGGUGCUGGCCAUGUUCCUGGUCCUCUCGGUGCUGCUCUACUAUCGGCGGAUUCGGGCGUGCGGGUGCCAGGCCACGGCAGGUCGCCUCGCCCCGAGAUAUGGCACAGGCAUUGAGCUCGCGCCCGCUCCCCGUCCUCGGCGUAGGGCUGUCCGGAUGCAGCGGAAAAGGGAGGAGGGAGACCAGGUUAGAGACGCAGCGCCUGUCGGCCACAGGUCGAGGUAGAUGCGCGACGUUUUUGGAGAAGCCGGGAGCAGAAGUGGGGCGCCUACAGUGGUGCGAUCCCCUGGCUCAACCGUCCUCGCGGUUUUCACCCAGGCCACGCCCUGCACAGGGGGGGGUGGUUCUGUACUGAGCGCGGGCGCUGGGCGAAGAGAUAUUCGGUGAUCUCUACUUGGCAGGUCCUGCUCCAGUGUUUUUUUGUUUUCGGAGGCGUCCUCAAGGGUGGCACACAGAUGCUACUUGCAUUGCGACCAGCGGAUCUUUAAAUUCGGCACGCUCGUGGCUAACUGGCGAAA